GGUAUUUUGUUGGGGUUUUAAAAGAUAGAACCGUCAGGUUUGAUUUUGCUUCCUCGUCUUUGCGCGUUGUUUGAGUUCCCGUCAUCCUCUCUGUUCUCUCUCUCUCUUCCCUGUACUGUCUUAGUGAAGACGGUCACACUCAUCGGCAAAAUGGCAGCCCUUAGGCCUCUCGUCAAGCCGAAGAUCGUCAAGAAAAGGACAAAGAAGUUCAUCCGCCAUCAGUCCGACCGCUAUGUCAAGAUCGCGAAGAACUGGCGGAAGCCGCGAGGUAUCGACAACAGGGUGCGUCGCCGUUUCAAGGGCCAGAUCCUCAUGCCCAACAUCGGCUACGGCAGCAACAAGAAGACCAAGCACAUGCUGCCCUCCGGCUUCAGGAAGUUCCUGGUGCACAACGUCAAGGAGCUGGAGGUUCUCAUGAUGAGCAACAAGACCCACUGCGCAGAAAUCGCCCACAACGUGUCGUCCAAAAACAGGAAGGUGAUCGUGGAGCGGGCAGCGCAGCUGGCCAUAAAGGUCACGAACCCCAACGCCCGUCUGCGCAGCGAGGAGAACGAGUGAUCGCUCCUUUCCUCAAUAAAGUCUCUUUAUUUACACCA